UUUGCAAAUAAGUGUCUUCCAGGAACUGUCUGGCCAUUCCACUCCGGGAGCUGUCUCCCUAGUGAAAAUGUCUGCCGGCCAGAGGUUCGCCUUUGUAAUAUGCAUUCUAGAAAUAAGUCUCCUGAGAGCGGGGCCCACUCCCAGUAACGAGUCGGCAGAAAAAAGUGGCACACCAUUGCCCAUAGACUGCAGGAUGAGCUCCUGGAGUGCGUGGUCGAAAUGUGACCCUUGCCUCAAACAAAUGUUUCGUUCGAGGAGCAUUGAGAUCUUUGGACAAUUUAAUGGGCGAAAGUGUGUGGACGCCGUGGGAGACCGACGGCAGUGUGUGCCCACAGAGGCCUGCGAAGACCCCGAGGAUGACUGUGGCAACGACUUUCAGUGUGGUACAGGCAGAUGCAUAAAGAAUCGACUUCUGUGUAAUGACGACAAUGACUGCGGAGACUAUUCAGAUGAGGAUAACUGUGAACGUGAUCCUCGCCCCCCUUGCCGCAACAGAGUGGUCGAAGAGUCAGAACUGGCACGGACAGCAGGAUAUGGGAUCAACAUCCUAGGCAUGGAUCCACUCAGCACCCCUUUUGACAACCAGUACUACAAUGGACUCUGUGACCGAGUUUGGGAUGGCAACACCUUGACGUACUACCGCAGGCCCUGGAACGUGGCUUCGCUGACCUAUGACACCAAAGCUGACAAGAACUUCAGAACUGAAAAUCGUGAAGAAGAGAUACAGGUACUCAGAACUAUUAUCGAAGAGAAGAAAUUAAAUUUUAAUGCAGAUUUAAGUAUAAAAUAUACACCUGUUGAAGCAACUGAAAAGCAUAAAUGUAUGGAUUGUGGACAUUCUAACAAAGAAUACAUCCCAAGUCCUUCCAACAAGGGUGCUGAGGCUAGAUUUCGAUUUACAUAUUCCAAAGAUGAAAUUUACAAACUGUUGUCAUCAUUUUCUUCUAAGCAGGAAAAAAUGUAUCUGCAUGUAAAAGGAAAAGUUCACCUGGGAAGAUUUGUGAUGAGAAGUCGGGAUGUCAUGCUGCAAACAACUUUCUUGGAUUCUAUAAAUACUCUGCCAACUACUUAUGAAAAAGGGGAAUAUUUUGCAUUUUUGGAAACCUAUGGAACCCACUACAGUAGCUCUGGAUCUCUUGGAGGAGUCUAUGAACUAAUAUAUGUUUUGGAUAAAAAGUCCAUGGAGCAGAAAGGUAUUCAACUGAGGGAAGUACAGAGAUGCCUCGGGUUUAAUCUGGAUUUGUCUCUGAGGGUUGGAGUUGAAGUUACAGGAAAUAUUGGUUUAAACCCUUGCUCAAAGAAGGGUAGCGGUGAAACGGAUACGAACCCAGAGGCUGACCUCUUCGAUGAUGUUAUUACAUUCAUAAGAGGAGGAACCAGAAAAUAUGCAACUGAGCUGAAAGAGAAACUUCUCCAAGGAGCCAGAAUGAUUAAUGUGACUGACUUUGUAAACUGGGCCUCUUCCUUAAAUGAUGCUCCGGUGCUCAUAAGCCAAAAACUGGCUCCGAUAUAUGAUCUGAUUCCAGUGAAAAUGAAAGACGCACACCUCAAGAAACAAAAUUUGGAAAGAGCCAUUGAAGACUACGUCAAUGAAUUCAGUUUAAGGAAAUGCCAACCGUGCCAAAAUGGAGGGACUGUGGUUCUGCUGGACGGAGAAUGCGUGUGUUCCUGCCCAAGAGAGUUCAAGGGAGUGGCCUGUGAAAUAAAAAAAUAGAAAAUUUCUAAAGGCUUGCAGUCAAAAAAAAAAAGAAAAUAGAGUUGUUGGUUUCCCUGGGAUCAUAUGGAAAGAAAAACACCAGCACCUUCCAGAGAUAGUUCUUGCUGCCAAAUGAAAAGCAACAUGCUUCAUGAAAAGCCUACCAACCUCUGAAGUCUCUCUCUUAAAAUCCACAAUGCUUCUUUUUCUCCUUCAAUUCCCAUGAUGUUUCCAUUUGUUAUUCCUUAAUGAGGAGAGUCAGCUGUUAGGUAUGCCAUGACUUCUUUCUCACACAGCUAAUGCCAAUCUCUGGCUAGCAAAACAAAAUUGAAUUAAAAAGAGAAUGUUGGUUAAAAAGAC